GCUGCAGCGAUUGUAUUGCAAGUUGCAUUGCAUUGUUUCAUAACAAUUCAAGGACUUAUUUCGGCGUUAUUCAAGUUUGAGCUCAACGUUCAAAUACCUGUAGUCAUGGAGAAGCUGAAUGAUGCUCUGGUGAAGAUGAGGCUACGUCGUAUCACCAAGGAAAACAUUUUGUAUUUCUAUUAUCCAAUGAAAGGGGCGACAUGCUAUGUCGCUUUUGCUGGACAUGUGAUGCAUCCAGCCAUCCUGAGCUCUUGGCCGCUGCUGCCGCGCUCCAUUCCUGCCUCAAACGUGGCCCUCCUGCACGCCAACGUGGGUCUGGCGCUCUACCUGUACGGCAGCCGCCAUCUGAGGCACCAGCACAUCUGCAAGAGACUUACCUUCAGCUUGUUCGGUUCCCUGGUGUUCAACAUGGGCUCGGUACUGCUGUUCGCCAUCCUGCGCCAGGCCACGCCCGAGUGCGCCACUUUCCGCGCCAUUGUCGGCAUGACCACUGCCACCGGACUCCUGUUCGUGGGCAAGAGCUACGUGGAUCUCCUGGACCGGCAGGCUGUGCUGCACGACAAUGAGUAGUGCUGCCAUCUGGCGGUGCUACACUAGCGACAUCUGUGGUCGGUAUUGGAAACUGUGGCGCUGGACGGUUUAUAGCUGCGUUUGGUGUAAGCUAUUGCAGUCAGUGUGGAGGAAACGGUGAAGAGAAUAGCUGUGCUGGCUCGAUUGCUUUCAUUUUACGAUGCCGAUUAUGAAUGUCAUACGAACCUGGCAAGCCAGGAGCUAAGCGAUACAUUGUGUUGUUUUGCAAAAGCCAGUACGAGUGAACUGAACAUAUGGGCCCUUUUUCGGUGUGAUGCCUAAACUGCUCAAUAGUAUGUUCGGAAUCGUCAAUUUUCGUUGUUAUUCCCGUUUCCUUCAUGAGUUUGGUUUAAGUAACCUAUAAACUGGCCGUCCUAUUAUAUAACUGCGGAUAAUUUGGUUUUAAACACCGCAGAAUGUGGAGGUCUCAUGAGCGUACUGACUACUGGGUGUGCUGUCAGUGCGAAACCUAACCGAAGUAUCCAAGCGGCAUUACAGCUAUUUAAUUAACUUUGAUGUGUGCCGAUGCGUGUAUGAAAAGUUCGCCGUCUUAAGCCCGGUUCUGACUGCCGUUUUUCGAUCGUUUGGUGGAUCGUAUGGUGAUCGUAUCGUGAUCGUAUGGUGAUGGGAUGGGGAUCGGCACGCCCGUUUCCCGAUCGCCGCGAUGGUAAUCGUAUGUGUGCAGUGAGAACCGGGAAAAAACGUUACUGUGCGCGUCGUUCGGUAGCGGCAGAUCGUACGUCGUAGUGCGUUCCGUCGAAAGAUGGAUUGAGUUUAUCUUUUGUCUUGAUCGUAUCGUACAGUUGACAUCGUGUGGGGAACUCGCUGUGCUGCAGCUUUUCUUGCUGCUGUCUUGUGGAAGGUUUGCGCUAAAAUAUUUGAUAUAACUUAUCUUAUUAGUAAAUCACGGUGACUAUAAAUAAAUAAGCUUGAUUGACAUACUUAUAAUCAAAGUAGGUACUUCCACUUAGAAGAUACCAUACGAAAAAUCAUUGAUUCGUUUAGGUGCGUCAAUUACAUCAAAGUAUUAAUUUUAUUGCACGAAAAAGCCUUACCCGAUAAUGUUAAUUUGAUACUUAAAUUCAGAAAUGUUUUAACUACAUUUAACCUCUUUUUAAGUCUGAAAAGUAUUAAUUUCCCUCUUUAUAGAUCUCGUCCCGUUCAUGGCGGCCAAUCAACACGCUUCCCUCAGAUGACGUCAUCUGUGCGCCUGCGCUCUGCCGAGCCGGCAAGCCUCGUGGUGACCGGCGAUUUACCGGCGACACUGGAGCACUGGAGAUGGUACAUAGAUAUCUUACCAAUGAAUUUCUGUCAAUUUCAACGAACCGAUUUUCAAGAAAACCGAUGCACAGCAUUCACAAUACUCACUUUUAGGUUGUAGGCUACUUUCCAGGACAAUUUGACAUGAUUUUCUAUUUUUCCACGCAUUUUCAAAAUUGCGUACCUUCCACGGCCGAGAAUGGUUUCCGCCGCCAUGCUGCUCCAAUCAAGCCGAAAUGUUGAUUAACUUCACGGAAUAGUCAGAGCCGACUACUCAAACUAAAUUAUUGAAUUAGAGAGAUGUUUUAAACUACAUUUAACGUCUCUUCAAGCGUAAAAAGUAUUUAUUUCGUUCUUAUCUAUCACCGCCGGCAGUAAUGGCGGACGCAGACUCCCACACGAUACGCACGAUUCGCACGAUACGAUCUAGCAGUUACCAGAUCGUAUCGGGCCUAGAGAUUUUUAUCUUUUUCCGCCAGCCACGCUCACCAUACGAUCACCAUACGCUUCAUCCGCUCCGAUCGAUUUCGGCAGUCAGAACCGGGCUUUAGUCAUGAUACCGAAUUUCAGCAACAAGUUGAGGAUAUUCGAGGGAUUGUUUUUGUGAAUGUCUGAUGGAUCCAACAUCCCUUGCGACAUUUGUACUUACGUGCUUAAUGUCGCCAGAUCCGCCGUGGUUGGUUUGUACAAAGCUUGUGUAAAUAAGGAGUCGACUGUAUGUAAGUGUUAUUUCGUACUAAUACAGUCGCUCAGAUACAUU